GAGCUUCCUGAACUCUGAGGUCUGAGAGGCACAGAGACUUCCUCCAUGUGUGGAGAGGAAACCGCCCACUGCACCCACAGUCCGAGGGCAGGCGGUAGGUCAGGAGCUUCUUGGAGCCAGCGUUAGAGCCUGUUGCCAAUCCUGCAGGAACGGUGAGCCCAAGGGAAAAGGAACCAGCCCGGAGCAGGACCUGUGGGGAACAGGAAGAGCUCUGCCUGUGUGAAGCUGGCUGAGUGAGCAGCUGCGUUCUAGGGGAGAACACAGUUACCUGUAGGAACCAGGUGGGUGACCUGAAGAGGUAGAAUUUGAAAUGGACGUUGAAACACAGACAGGACUCAGGCAGAAAUGUGCGGUGGGAUGAAUGGUCCUAGGAAUGAAUGCACAAGGGAAUCAUGAGAGGACAGAAGACAGCAAGAGAUGAAGAAAACGCCUAUGGCAUCCAGGGGACCCGGGUGCCAGGAUAUGUGCUUUCAGGUUCGGGAGCUUACAGAUCAUUGGUGCUCACAGGUUUAGAAGCCCGCGAGUCUGCCCUGCAGGAGCCCAGGCUGCGGCUCCUCCUGGCCGGGAGGUCAGGGACUGGGAAAAGCGCCACGGGAAACAGCAUCCUGGGCCAGAAGCGCUUCCUCUCCAGGCUCGGGGCGACGUCGGUGACCCGGACCUGCGCCACGGGCAGCUUCAGGUGGGCCAAGUGGGACGUGGAAAUCAUUGACACCCCGGACCUCUUCAGCUCCAAAGUCUCCCAGACAGACCCGGGCUGCGCGGAGAGAGGCCGCUGCUACCUGCUCUCGGCGCCGGGGCCCCACGCCCUGCUCCUGGUGACCCAGCUGGGCCGCUUCACGGCCCAGGACCAGCAGGCCUGGAGUGGGGUGAAGGCGCUGUUCGGGGACGGCAUCGUGACGCGCACCAUCGUGGUCUUCACCCGCGAGGAAGACCUGGCUGGGGGCUCGCUGCAGCAUUACGUGCGCGACACCGAGAACCGCGCGCUCAGGGAGCUGGUGGGCGAGUGUGGGGACCGAUUCUGCGCCUUCGACAACCGAGCCGCCGGCGGGAAGCGGGAGGCGCAGGUGAUGGCGCUGAUGGGGCUGGUGGAGGAGCUGGUGAGGCACCACGGCGGCGCUCCCUACACCAACGACCUGUACAGCCUGGCGCAGGCCCUGGGGGGCGCGGACCCCGCGGAGAGGCUGCGCAGGGUGGCGGAGCGAGUGGCCUUCUGCGAGCAGAGGCGGCGGGAGCGCUGGCCGCUGACCUGGCUGUGGCGGUGGCCCAAGGCGCGGGGGAACUGGCGUAAGCUGGGCGCGUGCACCCUAAUGGGCGCCCUGGUCCUGCUCUACCUGCUCUGCAGGCACCGGCCAGAGGCCGUGACAGGGAAGCAUCCCAUUGGGGGGAAGCACGCUCCGAACUCGCUGCUUUCCGGUUUCCGCAGCAGCAGUUUCGCCCCAUCCGGAGGGGGUGUCCCCAACUGCGGGGACAGGGGGUGCACUCCGUCAGCCCCAUUUUCCUUCUUGCCCUGCAGCCGUGCCCUGGAACCUUCGGCCGCGCGCUCGCGCCGACCCGCCGGCACCCAGCCCGCAGCGCCGCGCCUGAAGAGAAUGGAAGGGCUUCAGAGGAGCAGAUACGGGACUAUGGCUGAAGGCGGGAUAGAACAUAAGCUGUUUGCAACCUCGUCCUCAUUGCGGAUCAUCCUGGUGGGCAAAACAGGCAGCGGGAAGAGCGCCACCGGGAACAGCGUCCUCUGCCAGCCAGUGUUUGAGUCCAGGCUGGCGGCCCAGUCGGUGACCAGGAAGUGUCAGGGCGCAACGGGCACGUGGGAUGGGAGGAGCGUCCUGGUGGUGGACACGCCCCCCAUGUUUGAGGCAAGGGCCCAGGACCAAGAGGCGUACGAGAACAUCGGGGACUGCUACCUGCUCUCGGCCCCGGGGCCUCACGUGCUGCUGCUGGUGACCCAGCUGGGGCGCUUCACAGAGCAGGACGUGGUGGCCGUGACCAGGGUGAAGGAGGUCUUUGGGGUGAGAGCCCUGAGACACACGGUCAUCCUCUUCACCCACAAGGAGGACUUAGCGGACGAAUCCUUGCGUGACUACGUAGCAAACACAGACAACGUCAGGCUGAGGGGCCUGGUCCGGGAGUGCGGGCACAGGUACUGCGCCUUCAGCAACCGGGCCUCCGGGGACGAGCAGAGGAAGCAGCUGGCCGAGCUGAUGGCCGUGGUCGAGGGGCUGGAGAGGGAGCUCCAGGGCGCCUACCUCAGCAACGACCUCUUCUUUGAUGCACAGCGGCUCCAGCAGGGCGGGGGCGACCCCCAUGGAGAAGGUCACGUGCGCUACCUGGCCAAGGUGCGGUCGCAUAUUGCAAAGCAAAAGCAAGACCUGAGAGAGGCCCAGAGAAACCGCGCCUUCAAGGCGCUCCUGCGAGUAAAACACUGGAUCGUUUCUCACAUCAGAAUAUUUGCUGUUUUUGUUAUAUGCUUUUUGAGUUUGCUUGCCAUUUUAAUUAGCUUGUGUAGCACUCGCGAAUGCUGAGCAUUUUCAGAUGAUACCUGCCAUCAGCUUCCAUUUUUUCAGAGUCAGUAUCUUUGUCUAUGUUGAUAAGGAACUUUAUUUGCUUUUCGUGUAGUUUCACUUUCAAUUUCCCUUCCUUGCACCAGACACACCAUCCAUUUUCUUCAGUUGCUUUAUAUUGUCUAUCCACCUGACCCAUCCAUAGAUCAGUCCAGAACAGGCUGUUGUCCAAUGUCUGGAAACAGUUCUUUUACACAGGCAUACCUCGGAAACAUCGCAGGUUUGGUUCCAGACCACCACAACGAAGUGACUAUCAAAAGUAUCACACCAAGUUCUUGGUUUCCCCGUGCACAUAAAAGUUAUGUUUAUGCUACACUGUAGUCUAUUUAGGGUGCAGUAGCAUUUUGUCCAAAAAACAACGUAUAUACCUGAGUCUAAAAUUACUUUACUGCUAACCAUCAUCUGAGCCUUCAGUGAGUCAUAAUCUUUUUGCUGGUGGAGGGUCUUCCUCCAUGGUGACGGCUGCUGACGUUUGGGGCAGCUGUGACAAUUCCUUAAGAUAAGACAGCAGUGGAGUUUGCCACAUCAAUUGACUCUUCCUUUCACAAAUGAUUUCUCUGUUGCACACAAUGCCAUCUGAUAGCAUUUUAUCCACCGUAGAACUUCUUUCUACGAAUGGGUAGAAAGAAGAAUUGGAAUCAGUCCUCUCAAGCUCUGCUGUUGCUUUAUCAAUUAAAUUUACGUAAUAUUCUAAAUCCUUUGUUGUCACUUCAACAAUGUUCACAGCACCUUCACCAGGAGUAGAUUCCAUCGCAAGAAACCUCUGUCUUUGCUCAUUCAUAAGAAGCAACUCCUUAUCUGUUAAAGUUUUAUCAUGGGGUUACAGCAAUUCAAUCACAUCUUCAGUCUCCACCUCUAAUUCUAGUUCUCUUGCUGUUUCCACCACAUCUGCAGUUACUUCUCCACUAAAGUGUUGAGCCCCUCAAAGUCGCCCAUGAGGUUUGGAAUCAGCUUCUUCCAAACUCUUGUUAAUAUUGAUGUUUUGACAUCUUCCCAUGAAUCAUGAAUAGUCUUAAGGGCUUCUAGAAUGGUGAGUCCUUUCCAGAAGUUUUUCAAUUAACUUUGCCCAGAUCCAUCAAAGGAAUCACUAUCGAUGGCAGCUAUAGCUUUACGAAGUGUAUUUCCUAAAUAAUAAUACUUGAAAGUCAAAAUUACUCCUUGAUCCAUGGGCUACAGAAUGGAUGAAAUCUCAAACUGCUUAGAACUGCUUUUACGGCAUCCCAUAGGUUUUGGGUCAUUGUGUUGUCGUUGUCAUUUGUUUCUAUGUAUUUCUUUAUUUCUUCUUUGAUUUCUUCAGUGAUCUCUUGCUUAUUUAAUAGGGCGCUGUUUAGCCUCCAUGUAUGUAUGGCUUUUACAGCUUUUUUCCUGUAAUUGAUUUCCAGUCUCAUAAUAUUGUGGUCAGAAAAGAUGCUUGAUACGAUUUCAAUUUUCUUAAACUUUCCAAGCCUUGAUUUGUGACCCAAGAUGUGAUCUAUGCUGGAGAAAGUUCCACGUGCACUUGAGGAGAAAGUGUAUUUUGCCACUUUGGGGUGGAAUGUUCUAUAAAUAUCAAUUAAAUCUAUCCGGUCUGUUGUGUCAUUUAAAGCUUGUGUUUCCUUAUUUAUUUUCAUUUUGGAUGAUCUGUCCGUGGGUGUAAGUGGGGUGUUAAAGUCCCCUGCUAUUAUUGUGUUACUGUCGGUUUCCCCUUUCAUGGUUGUUAGCAUUUGCCUUGUGUAUUGAGGUGUUCCUCUGUUGGGUGCAUAAACAUUUAUAAUUGUUAUAUCUUCUUCUUGGAUUGAUCCCUUGAUCAUUAUGUAGUGUCCUUCUUUAUCUCUUGUAACAGUCUUUAUUUUAAAGUCUUUUUUAUCUGAUACAAAUAUUGCUACUCCAGCUUUCUUUUGAUUUCCAUUCGCAUGGAAUGUCUUUUUCUAUCCCUUCACUUUCAGUCUGUAUGUGUCCUUAAGUCUGAAGUGGGUCUCUUGUAGACAGCAUAUACAUGGGUCUUGUUUUUGUAUCCAUUCAGCCAGGCUGUGUCUUUUGGUUGGGACAUUUUUUUUUUUUUUUUUUUUUUUUGUGGUACGCGGGCCUCUCACUGCUGUGGCCUCUCCCGUUGUGGAGCACAGGCUCCGGACGCACAGGCUCAGCAGCCAUGGCUCACGGGCCCAGCCGCUCCGUGGCAUGUGGGGUCUUCCCGGAUCGGGGCAUGAACCCGUGUCCCCUGCAUCGGCAGGCGGACUCUCAACCGCUGCGCCACCAGGGAAGCCCUGGUUGGGACAUUUAAUCCAUUUACAUUCAAGGUUAUUAUCAAUAUGUUUGUUCCUAUUACCAUUUUCUUAAUUGUUUUGGGUUUGUUUUUGUGGGUCUUUUUCUUCUUUUGUGUUUCCUGCCUAGAGAAGUUCCUUUAGCAUUUAUUGUAAAGCUGGUUUGGUGGUGCUGAAUUCUCUUAGCUUUCGCUUGUCUGAAACGCUUUUGAUUUCUCCAUUGAAUCUGAAUGAGAUCCUUGCUGGGUAGAGUAAUCUUGGUUGUAGGUUUUUCUCUUUCAUCACUUUAAGUAUAUCCUGCCACUCCCUCUGGCCUGCAGAGUUUCUGCUGAAAGAUCAGCUGAUAAUCUUAUGGGGAUUCCUUUGUGUGUUUUGUUGUUGUUGUUUUUCCCUUGCUGCUUUUAAUAUUUUUUCUUUGAAUUUAAUUUUUGUUAGUUUGAUUAAUAUGUGUUUUGAUGUGUUUCUCCUAGGUUUUACCCUGUAUGGGACUCUCUGUACCUCCUGGACUUGGGUGACUAUUUCCUUUCCCAGGUUAGGGAAGUUUUCUACUAUAAUCUCUUCAAAUAUUUUCUCAGACCCUUCCUUUUUCUCUUCUUCUGGGACCCUUAUAAUUCAGUCAGAACACACACAUUUAUCAAUUAAGUUCACUGUCCUAUAUGGGUGCAGUUCGUGGCACCCCUAAUCAA